UCUAGGUCGCUGAACUGCGCAGUCUGUGCUGCGCUUGUAAAAACAGAAAACCAACCAGUUUUUUUACUCCUUGUGAAUUCUUCCAUUGCUUAAUUGUAUUACUGUACAUUCGAGGCUGGGAAAGAUUGUGUUUUACGAGUGCUAUUGAAUUUCCUGGAUUGUGGAAGAAACCAGGCUGGGCCCAGUGUGGACGUGAAUUUGCGUCUUUAAUCGAAGGCAGUGCGUGCGCAGCGUCGUUCGGCGAUCCAGCAGCUGGGAUGGCUGGCCGAGGCGGAGGCGGCGGCGGCAUCGCGACCCAGGAGAACCUGACCCGCAUCGCCAUCGUCAACGAGGACCGCUGCAAGCCCAAGAAGUGCCGCCAGGAGUGCAAGCGCUCCUGCCCCGUGGUGCGCAUGGGCAAGCUGUGCAUCGAAGUGACGCCGACGGACCGCGUGGCCUUCAUUUCCGAAGAGUUGUGCAUUGGUUGCGGUAUCUGCGUGCGCAAGUGCCCCUUCGAGGCCAUCCAGAUUAUUAAUUUGCCCUCCAAUUUGGAGAAGGACACCACGCACCGAUUCAGCGCCAACUCGUUCAAACUGCACCGGCUGCCGAUGCCGCGCACGGGGCAGGUGCUGGGGCUGGUGGGGACCAACGGUAUCGGCAAGUCGACGGCCGUCAAGAUCCUCUCGGGCAAGAUGAAGCCCAACCUGGGCCGCUUCGUGGAUCCGCCCGAGUGGGAGGAGGUGCUGACGUACUUCCGCGGGUCGGAGCUGCAGAACUACUUCACGCGCAUUCUGGAGGACAAGCUCAAGGCCGUGGUCAAGCUGCAGUACGUGGACCGCAUCGGCAAGGAGAUCACGGGCACCGUCGGCCACCAUCUGGCCCGCAAGGACGAGCGCCAGAUCAAGGGCGAGAUCAUCGAGGCGCUGGACCUGAAGACGGUGCUGGACCGCAACGUGGGCGACCUGUCGGGCGGGGAGCUGCAGCGCUUCUGCAUCGCCAUGACCUGCAUCCAGACGGCCACCAUUUACAUGUUCGACGAGCCCUCCAGCUACCUGGACGUGAAGCAGCGCCUGAAGGCCGCCCAGACCAUCCGCGGCCUGCUGCAGCACGACAACUACGUCGUGGUGGUGGAGCACGAUCUGUCGGUGCUGGACUACCUCUCCGACUACAUCUGCUGCCUCUACGGCAUGCCCGGCUGCUACGGCGUCGUCACGCUGCCCUCCAGCGUCAGAGACGGCAUCAACAUCUUCCUGGACGGGUUCAUCCCGUCGGAGAACCUGCGCUUCCGCGAGGCGGCGCUGUCCUUCAAGGUUUCGGACCAGUUGAGCGAGGAGGAGAUCAAGCGCAUGCGGCAGUACACCUACCCGGCCAUGAAGAAGCGCUUCGCCAAGUUCCACCUGACCAUCGAGCCGGGCAGCUUCACCGACUCGGAGAUCGUCGUCAUGCUCGGCGAGAACGGCACCGGCAAGACCACCUUCAUCAAGAUGCUCGCCGGCCGCUUGGAGCCCGACGACGGAGGGGAAGUGCCGGUGCUGAACGUGUCGUACAAGCCGCAGGCCAUCAGCCCGAAGUUCCAGGGCUCUGUGCGCCUGCUGCUGCACGAGCGCAUCCGCGACGCCUACGUGCACCCGCAGUUCGUCACCGACGUGAUGAAGCCGCUGAACAUGGAGGCGCUGAUGGACCUGGAGGUGCAGAAUUUGUCCGGCGGUGAGCUGCAGCGCGUGGCCAUCACGGUCUGUCUGGGCAAGCCCGCCGACGUCUACCUCAUCGACGAGCCGUCCGCCUACCUGGACUCGGAGCAGCGUCUGGUGGCCUCCAAGGUCAUCAAGCGGUUCAUCCUGCACGCCAAGAAGACGGCCUUCGUGGUGGAGCACGACUUCAUCAUGGCCACCUACCUGGCCGACCGCGUCAUCGUCUUCACCGGGACGCCGUCCGUCGACGCCACUGCCAAGUCGCCGCAGACGCUGCUGGCGGGCAUGAACGAGUUCCUGGAGUCGCUGGACGUCACCUUCCGCCGCGACCCGGACAACUUCCGGCCGCGCAUCAACAAGAAGGCCUCGGUGAAGGACACGGAGCAGAAGCGCAGCGGCAACUACUUCUUCCUCGAGGACUAGCUCUGUUCUGACUGGAUCCGUCCUCGCUCGCAACGGGGGACAGGGCCCGCGGCGGCGGUGCGGUGCGGUGCGGUGCGGUGUGGACGGCGGUGUCGGUUUGUGGACGAUAAGGCGCGGGCGAUAAGAUUGCGGCUGGCCUGGCGGGUGAGAGCGGUCAACACUCUGUUUACUCUGCACGCCGGCGCGGAAUAAACAGAAGAGAGCAGCCCACCAGCCGUUGCUUAUCCCAGCCGUUGCUUUGCCCGUCAACGCCGCGACGCCACUUGUUUAUUUUGCCCAUCUUUCUCUCUUCCGCUUUCCCUCUCCACUGCAUGUGCAUCCCGCGCUCUUAUUUCAUUUACUUCAUUUUAAUUUACUUGUUUUUCUCUACGAGUAGUAAAUGUCCCUUUGUGCUUAUUUUUUCUUGUCUGAUUCCACUAAAAUAAACAGAAAAUCAAGGCAGAAUGGUUUUUUAUCUGGCUAGAGAUUUAGUAACUAUUUAGUUCAACUGGUAGAAUAGUAUAAUUAUAAGAUACGUAUUAAAAAUCAUUGACUAUUUAA